GUUUUAGAUUGUUUCUGAUAGAUUACAAAACUGAUAGUAAUCAAUUAGUAUCAUUUAUCUGUUAAUGUCAAUCAUUCAUUAUGUUUCUUAUUUGAUCUAAAGGAUCAAAUUACCACUGAACACAACAACACUAACCAACAGAUGAAUAAUGAUAUUUUUAGAAGUUCUCAAUCGAGCUGUUGAAGAAUCUCUUUUAUACAGAUUUGAAAAUGCUAAAAAUGGUUUAAAAUUUGAGAAAUUCGAUCAAACAUUAGCUGAUUUCGAUGGAGUUGUCUAUCGGUUGAAAAGUGUUCAUAAUGAUCGGUCAAAAAUUAUUGUCAGUAUAACACUGAAUUUUUUUCAAGAAUUACAAGAACAUGGAGCAAAUGAGGUGUUGAAAAGAGAAUAUGGUCAAUAUUUAUUAAAUAAACCAGAAGAUGGUUGCAGUGUCUCCUUAUUAUAUGAUUUGGAGAAUUUACCAGAAAAUCUCAGUUUAUUGGCACAAAAAGCUGCUCUACUCAAACGAAAUUGUUUUGCUGCUGUAUUUGAAAAAUUCUUUGAAUUUCAAGCUUUAGGCGAAGAAGCUGUUGGUUGUAAGACAGCUGUUAUACACUAUCGACCAGAUGAAACUCUUUACAUUAGUGCUCUUGCAGAUCGUGUCACAGUUAUAUUCAGUACUGUAUUCAAGGAAGCUGAUGAUCUUAUCAUUGCUAAAGUAUUUCUACAGGAAUUAACUGAAGUUCGACGUCGUUUCGAUCGAGCACCUCAAGUUCUCUAUUCCCAGUCAGUACCUCCAACUGAAUUACUUGGCACAGAUGCAGCAGUCGGUGAAAAUGUAGCAUAUAUAACCUUUGUUUUAUUCCCUCGACAUCUUACAUCACAAACAUCUCCACGUACAAUUAAUCUUAUUCAUACAUUACGUAAUUAUUUACAUUAUCAUAUUAAAUGUUCAAAAGGUUAUAUACAUCGUAGAAUGAGAGGUAAAACAUUAGAAUUUAUAAAAAUAUUAAAUCGUGCUAGACCACAAUAUUAUUAUUAUUAUUAUUAUUAUUCAAAUAAUCCUGUUAUUCAAACUGAUCAUAUUGGAAUAAAUAGAUCAAAUUUGUCUAGUUCAUUUUUUAUGAAUAAUGUAAUACAUAGAAAUGGUGAAAAUGAUAUUUAUGAUAAUGAUGUCAAUGGAAGUAUAUCAACAGUUUCAAUAUCAUCAUCAUUUGAUCAAGAACAAACAUCGAUUGUAAAUCAACAUAUAUCUUAUAAACUUCCUCAAUCUUCAGAUUUAAUGCUUAAUAAUGGUUAUAUAUAG